GAUGGUCCGUGUCGAUGCCGCGACGAUCCUUCCGUUCUCGCUGGACGGAUAAUUCCUCGUCCACAUUCGAUCGAAGCAACCCGCCCGUUUGCCGUCGUGCAUAGGAGAAAAGCGCUGUUCCGCCCACCGAAGAGUGGGUGUGCAAAUUUAUUUUCGCAAUAGUUAUUGGUGCGCCCGCUGUUUAGUUGUGGAAAGUGACAUUAAAAAACAAUACACAACCGAUACUCGUAUACGCAAAAAGUGCGCUUGGGUGGAAAGUUGACGGUUCUUCGGCUUCUCGCGUACGCGUACGUGUGUCAUCGAGGCGGACGACAGCGAGCACAACGCAUAUACCAGCCAGCAGAAGCAGAAGCAGCAGCAGCAGCAGCAGCAGCAGUAGCAGCAGCAGCAGAUUAGGUUCAGUGGGUCUGAAUGUUUACGGGACACAAACACAUACACACACACAAAUCCGUGUUCUUCCCUUUUCGAGUGCAAAGUGAGUGUGGCGAACGAUUAGAAAAAAGGCCUUUGAAAUUGGAAUUUUCUCCCCCCAAAAACCGGGCCCAUCAUCAUAACGCCCCCCCCCCCCCCCUCCCUCAAUGGCACUCUGAAGUGAGGGAGCGCGCCCGAGCUGUUUCCUGGUGGGAAAAAUCGCCGUAAAGGAUCGAGAGCAGCUGGAAGGGGAGCGAUCACUAAUAAAUGAUCGAAUUGUGCAAGCAGCAGCAGCAACAGCAGCAGUUGCGUAGUAAAAGCCACAGAAUGCCUUCAGUUUACGCUCGCUGAACCGUCGCUACCCCUCCCCCGGGUAUUAGCUCUAGGAAAGACACACGCGAGUAGUGUACAAAAACUAAAAAAAAAAAAAACAAAAACUUAAUCCCGCCGACACCUGGACUCCUACCAACCCUCAGCCAAAGUCAAAGUUUUGCAAGUAUGGUGUGAGUGCAACGGGGAGUACAGUGCAAUUCUGAACCGCGCGCUUGUCUCGUCCGUCAGUGUGUGUGUGUGUGGGCAGGCGAGGGCAGGAUACGGUGAGGGUGGGUGAAAAAAGGUCCUGCUUCCUUCGUCACCAACAAACUUUCCACUCACACACACACCCGCCCCUUUGUGUGGCGCAGAAGGGGGUGCGUGCGCGCGCGCUCACUCGUACGUCCAGUUUUGCUGUAUGGGCAUGGUGUGGUGGUGGCCUACGUUGGUCUAUGUAUGACAUUGGCGAGAGGAAGGAGACGUGUGUAUCAUCCCGUGUCCCGUGAAAGCGAGCGGCAGCAAGAAACGCGGUGAGAACACUAGUGCGCGCUCCGCACCGUUCCGGAAGAUGUACGCGAAGCAGCAAACAAAGGUCGCUGGUGGAGGAGGAGGAGCAGUAGGUGGUGGUGGUGGUGGUGGUGGUGUUGGUGUUGGUGGUAGACAAAGCAUAAAGGCUGAGUAUCAAGCCGGUGGUGGCAAGGCGGCGAGUGGCGGUGUGUCCGGUGCCGAGCGUCGGGCCAGUACGGUUUACGCGCGGAAAGCGUCAGUGGUCAGCAACAGUAGUGACGUGUCGAACGAUGACUACGAGGAGGUCAAGCCGGACCUGCACGUUAGCUCGCACCUGCUCGACCACGGGUACGGGUGCGGGGUCGUGGGGGGUUCGUUCACGACCGUGCCGGUAAUUUCCAUCCCGCCGGCGCAUCCCAAACAAUCGCAGCAUGCUGCAGCAACCGAGCAGCAGCAGCAGCAGCGUGGCCAUCAUCAACACACUAGUAGUAACGUUAGCAGUAGAAACAAUCACUCCAACGGCAGGAGCAGCCAUCAUCACAGUAGUACGCCCACUUCAACCACCAUGCCAUCAUCGUCCUCAACGACAACCUCACGCAGCGGGGGCAAGCAGCAGCAGCAGCAGCACCAAGAGCAACAGCAGCAGCAGCAGAAUCAGACCCAGCAGCAACAGAACCACCACGGCAGUGGCAAGCACAACGCGGCCGAUCCACCGAUCACCAACUUUUUCAGGGCCAUCAAACGAUCGUCACAAUCGUCGAGCAUAUCUCCCACACCGGCCAAAAUAGCGAAAAGCAGCAAUGGCAGUAGCAUGAAGACGCCCAACUCCACCUGCUCCACGCCAACAUCGUCAAUAUCGUCCUCUUCGUCCAAGAAGCGCUACUCCGAACGAACUAGGUACGACACGUCGCUGGGGCUUCUGACGAAAAAGUUCAUCGAUCUGCUGAACGAGUCGCCGGACGGGGUGGUCGAUCUGAACAUCGCGUCGACGAAGCUGAAGGUGCAGAAGCGGCGCAUCUACGACAUCACCAACGUGCUCGAGGGCAUCGGCAUGCUGGAGAAGAAGUCGAAGAACAACAUCCAGUGGAAGUGCGGCAACACGGUGUGCAAUAUCGAUCGCAACACGCGGGUGCAGCGCGAACGGUACCGGUUGCAGCAGAAGGAAAACUUGCUGGACGAGAUGAUCGUCGAGCUGCGGACGGCCACGAACGAGGAGAUGGCGCACACGAAGCAAGGCUACUUUACCUGUCAGGAUCUGAGCUCGCUGGAGAUGUUCCGCGAGCAGACGAUCGUUGUUAUUAAGGCACCACCAGAGGCUAAACUGGAGUGGAUGAACGAGAAAAUGCAACGAGAAAUUGUGCUAAAAUCUGAGAAGGGAGAGAUCGACGUGUUUAUCUGUCCAACGGACGAGCCCGGCGUCGUCGACAGUCCGGCAGUGAUCGCCGGCGACCCGCUGCUGGAAAACUUCGAGCCCGUACUGUCGCCCUUCCAGCGAGUGGACAAAACUUCCAGUCCAAGGCGAGGUGCCGCAAACCCGUCCCCGUACGCGGCUCAGCGCAAUCUCAACCGUGCAUUGUUCGAGGAAGGGUCUGUGAUGAAGAGCGAACCGGCGGAUGGUGGUGCCAGCGAGAGCAGCAUACACUCGGCCGUUGCGUCUCUGUUCAACCUGUCCGGCAGCAGCGUGCCGCAGAAGGUGGUGGUGCAUGCCGAGCGGUACGAACUGCCCCUGGGCAGCAGCGGCAGCCCGCUGGCCUCAUCCAGCAGUACGUCCGGUGCGGGCGACUGCGGUACCAGCAGCUACUACCACCACCAUCACCACCACCACCCAUCCACUGCUGUUGCUCCUGCUGCUGCGGUGGCAGAUCCAUCCGAGUUGCAUUUCGAUGCUAGUCAGACAACGACGACGAUGAUCGGGUCCGCGGCGACAACGUCCAAGACUGGCGUGAGAGUUAAAUCCGAACAUGUGCCUGAUAGUAGUAAUAGUAGAAGUAGCGAAAUGCUACCACCGUCCGCCAUCUCGGCGGACAGUGGCGUGUUCGUGUGGGGUGACGGCGUGAUGGACGGCGACGAGCAUCACCAUCAUGGCAGCGCCAGGCACGAUGGCGGUGGUGGUGGCACCGGGAUGGCGACGUCAUCGUCGUCGUCCAGCUCGUCGUCCACCGUUUCGUCGUCCAUGCUGUCCGGUGGCGUGAUGGGCCAUCUGAACAACAAUCACAUCCACGGCGGUGGCGGCAAAGCGAUACCGGAGGAGAUCACCAACAAGAACGCAUCGCUGUCGGAUACGAAGCUGAGCCCGAACCUGUUCCAGUUCGACUUUGGCAGCACGAUGUCGGCGCUAAAGCCGCCGAGCACCAAGUCCUCGCCGGAGAAUCUGCACCAGCGCUACGGCCUGUCAGAUUUCGACGCAAUGCAUGAUCUGGACAUUUUCCUACCGCUGGAACCGACCGCCGACUACAAUCUGUCCCUAAACGAAUCGGAGGGUGUGUUCGAUUUGUUCGAUUUCAACUCAUAAAGCUGGUAGAGGCGGCCGCUCUAGCCGCACAGAGUUGCCCGCACAACAAGCACCGGACCGGCGCCUACUGUGUGCUGUUAAAAGGAUAUUCGCAAGCUGCGCAACUCCGGCAGAGGCGGGCAAACGCGCGCGGUCACAUUCAUUUUCAAACCUUACAAAACCGAUACGCUUUCACCUAUAGUAUGCGCAGCAGCGAGCGCAUCCACUGCUACCAGUUUGUAGCAGCGGUAGCAACAGUAAAGCAUAUUAUCAUCAUUACAAGCGGGGGGAGAAGAGCACGCCGCAGCACGUGCGUGUAACGAAAUUGGCACAAAACAAACGGUGUUAAAUUAGGAGUUUUUUUAUGAUUAGAAAUGCAGGCUAAGGAUAGUAAUUUUAAGGCAAUUAGUGUUUUUUUUUCGAAUUAGCAUUACUUUAAACGAAUCCUUAUUUUCAAGCGCGUGCGUAUGUUUGUGUGUGUGUUGGUGUAUUUGCACCCAUAACCGCUCCACAAUUUUAAAGCACUCCCCCCCGGUGGGGGGUAGCAGCAUAUGCAAAUAUGCGCGACGGAAGGCUCUAUUUUUAAGUUUGCAAACAAAGUGUGCAGGUGCAUUAUUAAAACCAAACAAUGUCAAUAUUUCUCCUUUUACUCCUUCCCUUCCUGCAGGGGUACAAUCAGGAUAUUCUCUCCCCUCUCCCCCGCCGUCACCCACUGAAGAGAACAAAGCCCAUACAGUCGCAGAACGACAUCAUCAAUCCCGGCCUAGCCACCAUCAUCCCCGCCCCUGUUUUGCCUAUACUCUCCUCUGCUCUGCCGUAUCAUUUUGUUUGUUGCUCAAUUUUGUUAACAAGUUUGUUUUCGCCUGUUCUUGAUGGUUUCUUUCUCACGCGGGAGGGGGCACCCCACAACAAAGUUAUUUCAUUUGAUAAGUAUUUUCUUUUGUUGAAUUUUGUUUUGUUUUGCGAUGUUUUUUUUUCUCGUUCUUUCUGCCAAUGCCCCUUUUUAGUUAUUGCAAACUUAUUUCCCCACACCACCACCACCACCCACCCCACAGAACUGAGAGAGUUGUGUAAUAUUAGAUGCGUAAGGAUGAAAAAACAAAACAACACGAGUGGGAGACAAACCUUUUGUUUACUUCCGAUAGGUUUUGAACAAGAGUGUAUGCGUGUGUGUGUGUGUUGCUAUUAAAUCUGUGGCAUUGUAACAUUAUGCCUCGAUGUUAGUAGAAUCUGUUGCGAAAAAAAGCCACCAGCUUCGGCAAGAGAAAUGGGGGAGAAGAGAAAGCGAGAGAGAGAGAGAGAGAGAGAGAGAGAGAGAGAGAGAGAGA